AUCAUUCCUGAUAAGUCGUUCAGCAUCUUUUUUUCCAAUCUUGAAUUUUUUUGGACUGAGUUCAGUAUCACUAAAUACAGUUAGCGUUGUUGAAUUUAUUAUUACUUUGGAAACUAUAGUAUUUUUAAUUGAUUUUACUAGAAUUAUUAAGUAGUGAUGACUGACGAUUUGCUUGAUUUCAAAUGUAUCAAUGCUGAAAAAUAUGAUGAUACUGAUGGCUUUGACCUCUUUCCCGACUGUCAGGCUGAAAGCAUGAGGGAUGGGGCAAUCACUAUUUUCCAUACAAAUAUCCGUAGUUUCAAUAAGAAUUUCGAUGAACUUACUGUUAUACUGAAUAAUUAUAAAAUUAAAUUUAAUAUAAUUGUUUUAACUGAGACCUGGGUUGAUGAAGCGAAUGUUGUUGCUUGUUUGGAGGGAUACGAUGUAUUUUUAAAUAAGAAAAGUAGAAAUCAAAACGAUGGGGUGAUCGUAUUUGUUCGUAAGGGUCUAGCGGUAGGAUGUGAGGAAAUUCAUCUGCAUGGAGCAACAUGUUUAAAAAUUGACAUGAAAUUAAAUGGAGAGCGGCACUGCGUUUUGGCAGUGUACCGCCGUCCCUCUUCAGCCGGCGACCUGGAUCACUUCGUUCAAGAUUUGGAGUCUUAUUGCCUUUCCAAAAAAACUGACAGAACAAACUGGAUUGUUGGGGAUAUAAAUUGCUGCAUUUUGCCGGAGACUACAGAUCCAUUGUCACAACACUAUCAGGAUGUUCUAUGCGGCACUGGGUUUGUGAGUUGCAUUAGCGUCCCAACUAGGGUUACCAGUACUUCAAAGAGUUGUAUUGAUCAUAUCUUUACUGACUAUGGUGACACAGAUAUUGUUCGCUCUGGUGUCAUUAUGUCUGAACUCACUGAUCAUUAUUUCAUUGUAGCGGGCAUAGAUCCUCUGUCGCGUGUUGAAGUUUCUAAUGGGAUACCUCAGAAUUUUACUAUUAUAGACAAGGCCAAAGUAAGUUCCCUUAUUUCAGAGCAUGACUGGACCUCAAUUAAACAAUUUAAUAAUGUCAAUUCAGCUUCAGUUACAUUUAUAGAAACCUUAAAAAAAAUUCAUAAACAUAUCCAAAAAAGAAAAAAUUGUUUCUGCUAAAACUAGAAAACUAAAACCGUGGAUUACUAGUGGUCUCAUUAAAUCAAUCAGACACAGAGAUAAGUUGAGUAAACAGUUGAAGAGGCAUCCCCAGGAUUAUCAUUUGAAAAACAUUUUUAGGACUUAUAGGAAUACCUUGUCUAAUGCUAUUAGAGAAGCAAAGAUAAGUUAUUAUCGUAAUAAAAUCAUGGAGGUGAAAAACGAUAGCAGGAGGCUAUGGAGUAGUAUAGCGGAAAUGACAGGAACUAAAAAGAAUAGAGAAAAAUUCCCUAUUAGUAAUUUUAUACAUGAUGGAGCUGCAAUUGACAGACACAAUAUAAUUGAUGUUGCCAAUGAUUUUAAUGCCUAUUAUGUUAAUGUUGGUGCCAGCCUUGCCAGUGCAUUUCCCUCGGUCAGCGAAGUUGUUGUAGAUGAUCGAGAUCACCAAUUGGACUCCAGACUUGACUUGCAACAUGUUACUGAGGGAGAUGUGGUUAGGGUUGUAAAUAGCAUUAGAGGAGGUUCAUCUCCAGGAAUCGAUGGCAUCUCCACAGAUAUUAUAAAGGAAAAUAUUGAAAUUUUGAAAUAUCCAAUAACUUACAUAGUCAACUUAAGUAUCACAGAGGGUGUCUUUCCGGAAAUCCUUAAACUUGGCAAAGUUAUUCCAAUAUACAAAAACGGCCCAAAAAACCGUCAUGUAAGUUAUAGACCUAUUACAUUAACUUGUGUUCUUGCCAAAAUACUAGAGAAAAUUAUUAGACAGCAAUUAGUUGAUUAUUUAGCCUCACAUAACAUUCUGUAUAGUAAUCAGUUUGGCUUCAGGAGCGACAAAAACUUAAAUAAUAAUAUAUUCAACUUGACUAAAGAUAUACACACCCUAAUAGGGAAAAACAGGAAAAUUCUUUUGCUAUUUAUAGACCUUGCAAAAGCGUUUGACACAGUUGACCGGGAUAUCCUCAUGAAUAAACUGUAUUAUAUUGGUGUAAGGGACAUGUCAUUAAACUGGUUCAGGAGCUAUCUCUCGGACCGUCGCCAGAUUGUCACUAUUCUCAAUGAAAAUAGUAUAAGUAGAGAGUUGAAUUAUGGCGUUCUGCAGGGAAGCACCCUAGGACCAAUUUCAUUUUUAAUUUUUAUUAAUAACUUGGGAAAGC